CGAUCUUGUCCCGUGCGCCCUUCUUUUCCUCAAGUUCUAUACGAAUCCGUGUUAGUUCUAAUUGAUUGAAGAUAUCGCUUCUGACGAUAUUCUCCGUAUUCUAGUGUUAAUUCCCAAGGGACCAAAGCGUGGGAAAAAAAAAAGGAAAAGAUAGAGAGUGAUUGGAACGUCGAGCCCAGACCAGAUCGAAUCGGAGUUAUCAGUCAUUUCCCUCGUCUCUCGCGCUGCCGAGCGUACACAUGUACACAGUCUGAUACUGCCGCCAUGGUAUCGCGGAAGCGCACACGCUCCGAACUUGACUCUGGAGCGUCGGAGGAGCAUCAGAAUCAGCAACAGAACCAGGAUCAUGGUCGGCAAAUCGAGGAACCGGGGCUGCUUCAGCGUCUGAGGAAUUGCUGGGAGUUUGCGAAUUUGAUGCAGUACAUCCAUUUCUUUGGGAAGAUUGUGAAGAUCGAUGAGGAUUUUGAUAUUGAGGUGCUAGAGACUGAAUGCCUCAAACCGGGUCCGUCAGAGAAACUCUUGGAGAUCGGGUUAUGUCUCCUGAAAUUCAUCUCGUCGCGUCGCGAUCUUACGUAUGACAAUUUCGACGAACACACGCGACGUCAAUAUAACAGAAGAGCCCCUAAUCUGCCCAACCCGUUUGGGUACGAUGAAGAGCCUCUAAAAUUCUCCGAAUUCGAUAUCUUCCUGAAGCUUCGCGUUCUUCACCAGUUGACAGUAUGGACGCUUGUGAAUCCAGACCACAUUCGGCGGAAGAUGCCGGACCUGAAGGAACAUGAGCAGGUUGAAUGGCGCGUUGAUGAAGUGGGCUACGAUCGCAAAGGCCGCUACUAUUACGUCUUGGAUGAUAACAGACUAUACCGUCGCACCAACCCCCCUCUCCCACCACCGAAACCCGUCAAACCAAAGAAGAGCAAAAGUGCCAGGGCCAUGAGAGCCUCGAAGCGUCGGAAACUGUCCGGUUAUGCUAUUUUUGAUUCCGAAGAAGAGAACGAAACAAAUGGUAAUGACGAUGUCGCGGAGGAAUAUACUGGCGAAUAUGAAUGGGAGUGCAUCGCCGUUACGCUUGCCGAUUACCGACAGUUUAUAGGUUCUCUUCAAAAGACCAAAGACCCUGAUGAGAAGGAGUUACGCGACACGCUGGUCGAAAACGUGAUUCCGUUCAUGGAGAAGAUCGAGGAAGAACAACAGCGGAAGAUAUUGAAGCGGGAGAAGGAACUCUUUAAUCUACAGCUGCUUGCUAGUGCAAAGAGAUCUAGCCGACUUGCGCAUAAAGCCGAAAAGGAACGCCAAGAGCGAGAAGCCCUUGAAGCUGCCCGGAAACAUGAGAUGGAAGAAGCUACGGCUCGCAAGGAGCAGGAGAAACAAAAGAAGAUGGAAGAAGAGCGGCGCUCGCGGAUUAUCUCUCGGGAACAGCGCAUGAAAGACCGAGAACAAAGGCGCUUAUUGCACGAAGCUGAGCUCGAAAGGAUAGCAGAAGAGCAGAAGAAACUCGAACGAGGCGAGAGUAGGAUGUCUGAAAGACAUCUCCAAGCUGAGCUGGAAAAGCGAAAGAGAAGCUUGGAAGAGCUUAACAAUGAGGAAAACUGGUUUUUUGAUUGCUCCGGAUGUGGCGUGCAUGGAGAGAACCUGGAUGACGGUACUCAUAGUGUCGCAUGCGAGAAAUGCAACGUGUGGCAGCACAGCAGGUGUCUCGGCAUCGCGCAGGAUGAAGCGGAAAGGGAAGAUUUCCAUUUCGUGUGCAAUGACUGCAAGCGGCGCGAAGAGGAAGCAAAGCUCCCGAAGCUUCCUCCCUUGAAGUUCCGUAUUGGGACUUCAUCUGCAUCCCAACCCUCUAAUACUAUUCCCAUCAAUGGGAAGGGGGAGAGUGUCGGUGAAAGCAAGCCUCCUGCGUCCCCCAUGAAAAAGGAGAAGAAUGGUAUUUCUCUACAUCCGACCGGUUUGCAGCCAGGUUCGCCUCAACUAUCGCCGGAACGGCGCCCAUUGACUGCUACACAAAACCAUUCGAUCCCUUAUCAAGCGCCGCAAUCUCCAUCCAAGAAUAUGAAUGGCUUCGGGGCUUCUGUUAAACAGCAUGAGAAGCAGCUUCCGGGUCAGUUCACCUUCCCGCCAGGUCAACAUGUAUUUCCGCUAAGCAAUUCGCCUUUCGCUCCCCAACGCCCGUCCUCAUCUCACUCCGCGAGAAGCCCGACUUUACCUUCGCCCAUUCAGAAUCGGCCAUCGAUGUCUCCGACACAGGGAAACAGGGACGUUGGUCCUCUGGCAGGCUUUCCACCAACUGCUCCGUCAAAUGAGUCGGCUCCUUGGACAUCCUUUGGACCGCAGCAGGCUUCACACGCCGAUGUUGCAACCCGACCUUCCUCAUCGAUGCAGAAUGGCCACCCAUCAUUUUCCGCAGUCACACCUGGCGGUGCUUCUUUUAGCCACUCGCCCCUCCCGUCCCAGAGUUCGCCUGGCGUCCCGUCGUCAGGACUCAGUCCAACAAAACAACAGUCUUCUCGGCCUAUGUCGGCAGGCGGACUGGUCGGACCCUCGGUCAUGCCUCCCGUUCCAAGGCUCGAACCGAGCCCGAAGUUGAUGGGAAGAAGUUCGCCGGAUGCACCGAUACCUCCUCCCGUGAAGACAAUGCCUCCAGAGCAAGAGGAACGGAGACAGAGGCAACUUGGUUUAUUCUCAUCACGUACUGAGUCGCGUCUGUCUAAUAAUCAACCUGUAGUAUUGAACGGCUCGCCAUCUUUUGAUAUACCACCUCUUGGACCAUCGGUCGUGAGCCAACAGCAACUUCUUCCUAUGUCGUCUCCUACCCGAGGCGAUCAUAAUAUGAACGGGCAGUAGAUUUGGCACAUUGCUCCUUGGGUCUCUGUUCAUGCCUUAUGAGUGCCUACGACUGCCAUCUUUACCUAGUGAGCAUGCGUCUUAUUCGAUGUUUCCCAGCCUGAUGCUAUUGAUACUUGGUUGUUAAAAAAAGGAUUUGGAGUACGGUUUCUAGAUGAUUCCUGGGGUAUUGGAUCUAUUUUCACCUGGAAAUUGUCGGUCGUGCCAAACCACUUGCAUUCUCGAAUACAAUGCGUUUUAGGUCGUUGGGAACUGUCUUUCUUAAUUGGUGAAAUUGGAGAAGCAAUGGCGCUGUUUUGUCAUAGAUACGGGUGGAAUUCUCCAUUCUUCUUGUUUCUUAUUGAUUGCUACACAUCACUACUUCUUGUUAUCCUCCAGUUGGCAAGGACUGGGCAUGGAAAUGGGGAGUUACCGGGCUCUUCUUGUCUCUAUCUUAGAGUUAGUCGUCUACUAAUUUCGAUGCGAAUAUGAGAACAACUGGUUUGUUU